AUGGCCGUCGCACUGAUGGACUGGCAACCGCCCCUUGGGCAGCCGGGACAAGAUCAUUCCUCAUUAGGGGAUCAACAGGACUCUAAUGGACAAGCAUCGCACUUAACAGAUCAAGACCGCAUAACGCUUCAGAAUAUAGAGACACCGCUCCUCCAACUCCCACCGGAACUCUUGUACGACAUUUUCUCAUAUCUUUCAGCGCUCGACCUCGCCCGCGUCGCAAGAACCUGCCGAUCACUAGCAGAGCACGCGAACAAUGACCGGCUAUGGGCAGCUCUCGUCAAUUCGAAUCUACUCGAUCCGAUCCAUGAUCCUGGUGUCUUCAAAUCGUUCCGCGAUCUCUACAUUACACAUCAUCCGUGCUGGUUCAUCCCAAGGAACAAGGUGUGGUUUUCGGAUGUCGAACAUACAGGGAAUCUUAUCUUGACUCGAUACGACAAUCGACGAGGAGUUAUCGAAGGAUACCGGGUGAUUGCCGAAAGACGCUCUUCUAAGAUCUCGUUUUGGGAGUGGAACCCUGAUGUUGUCAUCCAAGCAUUCGAGCCCAAAGUGAGCCUGUGGCUCGAUGAUCCUGUUCUCUUGUUGCAGAAAGUUGAAGGCCAGCGGCCGAGGUACCUCGACAGUGAGACUCGUAUGGCGAUGCCGAUCGAGGUCCAGUACAUUCUCAAUUCCAUCAUCCUUUGCAAGCAGAGCAACCAGGAAGAUCUUACCGAAGACACGGAGUGGCCCCCGGAGAGGAUCCCUAGCGACCAUCGAGUUUUCCGUAACCCGGAGAUACAUUGGUCGGAAUGGAAUCGUUUGCCGCGGAACCUAGAUCAGUUGUCGGAGCAUGCAUUCCGAAUCAGACGAUGGGCACAUUUCCGGUUGGGCAUGCCGAUUUUUGCAGCUAGUACAGGGGAGACCAUGUCAACAUAUGCCACGCUUGAUGCAGAUCUAUACACUCCCACGAAGGACAAGCCUUACCAAGGAAUCUGGGUGGGGGAUUACUCGGCACAUGGAUGUGAAUUCCUUCUCGUCAUACAGCGGGACAACCCCGAAGACGACUCUGACAAUCCUGAUGCUCGCGACCCGAGAAAUGACGACAUUAUCCAGAGGGGAAGCCUAGAGGCUGUGAAACUCACAGGGGAUCCCAACGUCCCGCGAGGUCAACUCUCGUUUAAAUCAGAUGACAUCGGAUCUCGUGGCACCGUUCGAAUUGCAACGGAAGCUUUGUUUGAGGGAGCAAGGGUGGUUCGCAGCACAGGUCAUGUGGCGGGCCUUGGCUUUAGAGAUGGUACGUUGGCUUACAUGCACUUCCUAUAG